AUGGCCGACACAGCAGUAGCAUCGGAGACACCCGCGCCGGCGACGCCCGCCAAGAAGGCACCAAAAGCGGCAGCGGCGGCCGCCGCCGCGAAGAAACCCAAGGCGAGACCAACGCACCCCAAGACUUCCGACAUGGUCAACAGCGCGAUCAAAGAGCUCAAGGAGAGGAGCGGAUCGUCCCUGAAGGCGAUCAAGAAAUACAUCGCCUCGAAUUAUAGCCUAGACGCCGAGAGGUUGGCGCCGUUAAGAAAGUAUCUCAAGCGCGCGGUCGCCUCCGGCACCCUGAUUCAGACGAAGGGCAAGGGCGCAUCGGGCUCGUUCAAGAUAGACAGCAAGUUGGGACACGGCGGCGGCGCGGCGAAGAAGGCGACGGCCGCCUCCGCGUCCUCCGGCGGCAGGGGCUCCGCUGCGGUUGCGUCCUCCGCGGCCAAAUCGGUGAAGAAGCCGACCGCACAAGCCGCCAAGAAGACCGCCGCGAGUGCGGGCGCCAGGAGCAAGAAGGCCGCCGCCGCGGCCGCCGAGACCGCGUCCCCCGCCAAGGCGAGCGGAAGGGGUGGCACCGCCAAAGACAAGAAGGCAGCCGCUGCGGCCAAGAGGAAGCCGGCCGCGACGGCCGCUCCGAAGAAAGGUCGCGACUCCGCGGCCGCCGCCGCCGCAGCGUCCGGCAAGGGCGCGUCGACCACCGCCGCCGCUUCCAAGGCGAAGAGGAGCGCGAAACCACCGACCAAAAAACCUAAAGCACCCAAACCGAAGAAGGCCGCAGCCGCCGCGCCCAAAUCGAAGGCCGCCACCGCUAAAAAGGCAUCGGCCGCUUCCAAGAAGUGAACGCGACAAUCCACGUUCAAUACGCACGAGCCGCCGCACUGUGUUCGCGUG